AUGACGAACCAAAUUCCGCUUCAGCUUUACCAAGAACAGCCAGGUGACCAGAAAGCAAAUGAGAAAAAUGGAGCGUGCUGCAGUCCUUGGCUAUGGGUGCGAUUACCCGGCGGGGAAAGCAUUGACAGGGAUGGCGCGUUAAGCAACGGGCAUAGGCUACGGCAGCGACAGCGACCGAUUGCGUUACGCCUGCCUACUACUGCCGUGGCAGAAAGCAGCCCCGGCACCACCUCCUCAGCCCGGCGGCCCCGCCUUACCUCAGCCGCGGGGCCGGCGGUCUCCGGCUCCCUCUGCCGGGGCCGCACCAGCGGCGGAGCCGCUGAAAUCGCCGCCGCCGUCCCCGGCUCCGCAGCUGCAGCCCUCUCGGUGGGCGGCCCCUCCACCCCCCGCAGCCCCGUCACGGGCGCGGCUCCGAGCCCUUGGGGCGACCGUUACACGGCCGUUGGGGCUGCCCCGAGCAGCGGCCGCGGGCCUGUGGUUGGCCGAGGGGGAAAGAGGGGCGGUGCCGCGGGCCUUUGGGGGCCGGGGAGCUCCUCUGAGGGGACAGCGGCCUUAGGGCGUCUGCCGGGGGAGGUGGAAACCAUCGGGUUGCGGCCGCUGGAGGAGAUGUUUCUGAGGAACAGACAGCUGCUGGCUCCUGCAUAGUUUGUAUUGGGUGUGGUUUUACCAGCUCUGUGGAAACCCCAGGUGAUAAGCCAGCCCCUAAUGUCAACUCAUCCCACCACAGCAGGCUCAGGUGAACAGGAGGGUGAGGGAGAAGAAAGGCCCCAUGAGUCAAGACUUCUAUAGUAAAAUGCACAGGUGAAACCCAAUAAACUAUCCCCUAAAGCAGCCUAAAUCCUUACUGUGAUACCCUUAUGAAUU